GAAACUUCUCUCAGUAUUUUUUUUUAGAAUUUUCUCUUCAAAUGGCACAGAUGGUUUUGACAGCCAGUCUCAGGAAGACUUGAUUGUCUUUUGGGUCGUGUUUGAUUUCGAGCCGAAUUCGGGGACCUUGGCCAUCAAUUGUGUAUUUGCUGCGUAGUGACCUUGGAUGUUUCAGGGAGACAAGUGUUGAGAUGUCUAUGUUACUGGCUCGUAUUACGGCUCGCCGUGCCUUAGUCAUUCUUCCAAAUAACUGUUCAUCCGCAAUGGCCACCCACAAUCGACAGCUACAUUUGCAGCAGGAUAAGGCAUUCGUGAACGGAUGUUGGGUUGGAUCUCGAAGUGGCCAAACUUUCCAGGUUACCAAUCCAGCCAACCAAGAGGUUAUCUGCACUGUACCUGAUAUGGACGCUAGUGAUGUUAACGAGGCAAUUGAGGCUGCUUACAAUGCGUUCUACGACAAACGGUGGUACAAUAAUACGGCUAAAGAGCGAGCGGGUAUGCUAAAGCGCUGGUUCCAGUUAAUGGAAGACAACAAACAGGAAAUUGCCCAGCUCAUGACGGCCGAAUCCGGCAAACCGAUACCCGAAUCGCUUGGAGAAGUUGCCUACGGUAAUUCGUUUGUGGAGUGGUUUGCCGAGGAAGCACGUCGCAUAUACGGUGAAAUCGUCCCAUCACCUGUUCCCAAUCGGCAGUUAAUGCUUACCCGUCAACCGGUGGGAGUUGCCGGAUUAAUUACACCGUGGAAUUUUCCCCACGCCAUGAUUACGCGUAAGGCUGCGGCCGCGCUAGCAGCCGGUUGCACUGUAGUUAUCAAACCGGCAGAAGAUACGCCGUUGACCGCACUGGCUCUAACAAAAUUAGCCGAAGAAGCUGGAUUUCCGAAAGGAGUUUUCAACAUAAUCACAUCAAGCCGUAAGAACGCCGCCAGUAUCGGCGAGUUAUUGUGUACAAGUCCUAAAGUGGCUGCUAUUUCAUUCACUGGUUCGACAGAGGUUGGAAAACUACUGUAUCGCCAUUGUGCCAGCGGAAUCAAACGAAUCGGUUUGGAACUGGGUGGAAACGCACCGUUCAUUGUUUUCAAAUCUGCUGAUUUAGAUAAGGCUAUUGCCGGAGCAAUGGGCUCAAAAUUUAGAAACUGUGGUCAAACGUGUAUAUCGGCCAACAGAUUCUUGAUUCAAGAUGAAGUACAUGAUGAGUUCAUAGCUAAAUUGACGGAUAAGCUCCAAGCAUUGAACAUCGGUAAUGGAUGUAAGGAUGGGAUUCAAAUCGGCCCUCUUAUAAACCAUGCUCAAUUGGAAAAAGUCAAGCGAUUUGUAGCGGAUGCCAAAGAUAAAGGAGGAAAUAUAAUCUACGGUGGACGUCAUUUAACCGAAAUCGGUUCCCUGUUUUUCGAGCCUACCAUCGUCACCAAUCUUCGAGACGAUAUGAUGCUGUAUAACGAAGAAGUAUUCGGUCCGGUUGUUUCCGUCAUCCGUUUCAAAACCGAAGAAGAAGCUUUAAGGAUCGCCAACGGCACACAACGUGGCUUGGCUGGUUAUUUCUACAGCACGGAUCUGAAUCAGGUAUUCAGAGUUUCCCGACUUUUGGAAACGGGUAUGAUUGGCGUGAACGAGGGCUUAAUUUCGGCUACUGAAGCUGCUUUCGGAGGAAUCAAAGAGUCUGGAAUUGGAAGGGAAGGUUCCAAGUUCGGUAUCGACGAAUAUGUGUACAUCAAAUAUCUUUGUUAUGGUAAUUUGGAGCAGUAAGACCAAAACAUUAGAAGAAACUUGUUCAACUUUGCCGCAAUGACCUAGUAAAUUAAGUAAAGUGGGUUAAAUAAAAAUAAAAAAAGUCAUACAAUUAUAAUUAGCCUAUUUCACAGUCAUUUUAGUCUUCCAUAUCAUAUAAGUAAUGUGAACAGUUGAAAUAAUCCCGCACAUUCUAAAUAUGCAUUUAUGUGACGUUACAAAUCGAUGGAUAAUAAAAAUAAUAAACCAACGAAACAUCCCGCUUUAAAUUUAGAAAA